AUGCGUUCCAGAGUGCUUCGUGAUAUCCAGGCGCGUAGAGCCGUUGUGAACAAGGAGUUGGAGCGGACAAUAUGGCGGUAUCUUUCGCGCAACACCACGCUGGAGCCACAGGUUCGCAUGCAGGCACAGUUGGCACUCAACCGCACACCGCGCGAGGCCAGCCCGUCGGCAGUCAAGAACCGCUGCAUCAUUACUGGACGUGGUCGCGGUGUGUUCAACGAGUGGAAGAUGUGCCGCUUCCAGUUCCGCAUGCACGCGCUGAACGGAGAGCUGCCGGGCGUCGACAAGGCGUCGUGGUAA